GGGAUGUUAAAUUCACCCGCUGAAAACAUUCGCGAAAAAAACGGAACUAAAGUGAAUCAAUGCAUACAGCGGUUGAAAUCACAUGCAACAAAAAAAUGAAGGAUGAAGUCAUCUCCAUACAUGGUUCAUUACCUGGUGCAUGUAGCUACAUUGUUAGAGACAUGCUUCGUCUGCAUCAAAUAACGACAAGGGUUGAACUUGUUUGUAAUCACAUUACAAAUACAAACUCUUUUUCAUGUUCAGCUGACACCAUGGAGGAAGCUGUGUGGUGGUUUCCUCGGGGAGCUCCGGAGUAGGAUGCAUGUCUGUGUCUCCAUUUGGACGCCUCCACAGAUGACUUCCCACCUCUGCCUGCUCAUCCUGUCCAGCUUGGCGGUCUCAUCCGAACUGAGUUUGGAGGAUGUGUUCUUCAGUCCCCGGGACCAGACAGUCAGCGAAGGAGAGGGAGUUUUCUUCCAGUGUGUGUCCGGGGAAAGUUCACCUCCGGCGAGCAUCACUUGGCUCAAAGACGGGACGCUGGUCUCAAGAGGGAGACACAUUCAGGGUGAGUAUGGAGGUGGUAACCAGAAGAAGACCUCGGGUACUCUGCAUCUUUUCAAUGUGACAUUAGAGGACGAUGGGAUCUACACGUGUGUCACACACAGUCCUUCACUGAACAUCAGCAAGAAAAGCCGCCCGGCUAAGCUCUCUGUGCAGGGUGUCCCUAGAAGGCUGCAGAUCAUCGAGGGCCCUGACAACAUCACCGUUGCUAUGGGAACAGAGGUCUCCAUGCACUGCGCUGUCCGUGGCUUCCCUGUUCCCAUGGUGCACUGGUUCAAAGACGGCUGCGCCCUGUCCAACUGCUCGUCCUCGUUCAGCCUCCAGAACAAUGGACAGCUGCUCACAUUCAGGAACGUGACCAGGGAGGACGAGGGCUGGUACCACUGUGAAGUAUCCAACCAGAGAGAGUCAACCAAGUCACAGCCCGCCUUCCUGCUUCCAGCCGGACUGGCGCAUGUUGUGUUUCCAGAAAUGUUGUGGAGUUUCAUCCAGCAGCCCGCAAACCUGUCGGUGAAGAGAGGAGAACAUGUCACGGUCACCUGCAGGCCUCCAUACAGCCGACCAGCAGCUCAGGUGUCCUGGUUCAAAAACAACCAGCUUCUCACCCCCACAGCUCACCAGACGGUGCUGCCCAGCGGAGACCUCUUCUUCCACAGUGUGCAGGAGUACGACAAUGGGAGCUACUUCUGCAGGGCCUCCAACAUCCACCUGCAAAGAUUUAUCACUUCCAGAAGAGCCAUUCUGACCGUGCUGGCCCCUCCAUCAGUGAGACUUUGGCCCCAGGUGUCCACCGUGUCUGUGGGUGCUCGGGUUGUGCUAGAGUGUCAGGUGUCCGGGAACCCUUCACCCACCAUUAGCUGGAUGAAGAGAGGCCACUCCAAGCAGACUGGAGGCAAGAUCGUUGUGGGAUUGAGAAACGCCACGCUCUACUUCCAGUCAGCCCGGAGCUUCGAUGAGGGGGUGUAUGUGUGCGAGGCCUCCAACGCUCUGGGCAGCAGCCGCAACACGGCAAUGCUAAGAGUUGCUGUGAGUCCGAUCAUCGUGACCUUCAUAGGUCAGGUGAGCUGCAGGAUCGGGGCUCCGGCGGUCUUGCCCUGCAGGGCUGUAGGUAUUCUGCCCAUCACCUAUACCUGGACCAGGGUCCGAGCAGAGAGACCGUCCCGCAUCAGCCUCACUGAAGACAGACACAUUGACGAAAAUGGAGCUCUUCACAUUUCCAGUGUGCAGUCUUCUGAUGUCGGGGAAUAUUACUGCACUGCUGAGAAUCGAGCAGGACGACAUCAGAGACGUAGCAUCCUCGCUGCCACAGCUGAACAUCGUCCUGCUGAUAGAGACAAGCAGACAGGACUGGUUUUGUCUGCUAGCACCAACACAAGCAAAGAGCUGCCUGCUUCCCAAUCCAGUGACUCUUCGGCUGAGCAACAGCUUGGGACAACACGCCGUCCACAUGUACAGGCACAGCAUAAGGAGGCCACGUGCUCCUUAUCACACUGUGAUGCGACAACAAAUGGAGCCACCACAUUGUCUACAUUUUCAAGAGGAGCAGUGGCAGAGCUCAAAAUGCCACUGCGAUCACAAGGCUAUCUUUUACAGCAUCGCCUGAAUCCGCCAACGACUAAUCCAACCCAACCAUUGGUCACACAGAUGCAGCCUCCAAUGUUACCACCUCCUCCACACCCGAACUUCCAGUCAGUAGAUCUCCACACCCAACCGCCACUGACUAGUGAUCCUCUUUUGAUUUCAAAUAGUGAGGCACCAGUAAUACACAGCCAAACAGCAGUAGUCACUAGGGGAGUUUUGGGUACAGCCCUUCAGGAUUUACUCGCUGAAAGUCAAUCCCAUUUGACAUUAACAUCAUCACGUACACAGCAUCAAGUCAGUGACGGCUUGUUGAUAGAAUCUGAUUCUAAGGGAUCUAACAUCAGUGCUGGAUCUCAAACCAGUCCAAUCAUAGAGCCCUACACUGAGCCGUCAAACCCUCCAGUGGGUAGGCCCUUUGGCUUUCGCAAGUUGGAUUUGUAUUAUCCGACUCCAACACAGAGUCCAGCAACCCAAACCAAUACGAGCCACCCUAGUUCUAUCAGUCAGUCUUUUGAUUUUCAAGCUGAACUGAACCAAACUCAAACUCACCGGCUGGUUACGAAAAGUACAAUUUACCAGUCCGGUCAAGAGUCAACCUCAACCCAGAUUUCUCAAACCAAAUUCAAGCACCAAGGUCAACGUCUGCACCAGGAAACACAUCUGCAGUCUUCCCCAACCUUUCCAGAUCCUCAAGAAACGUUCACUCAAAGUCUUCUUCCGAAGUUUCAUCUUGAGCUAUCGACAAACCCACAAUAUCAGCCUUCUACACAACCUCCACCGUCAUCAGUCACAAAGCCUCAACAGUCCCGAAUUCCCAGUGAACCAAUGAAAACCAUGUCUACACUUCCUCAAUCACCUCCAACACAACAUCCACUGCUCCACUCACAAACUCAUCUACCUCAGACGGAAACCUUUCCACUCCAACACAGAAACACUCUUAAAAUCCAACCUUCAAUCUCAACCGCCCUUCAGACCUCCGAUCCUUCAACGCUGGACCCUGUGGUUCCUGUUGUCCACCAGGUCAAUAUGUCCGAUAAGGUUCAGCGAAACACUAGCCAGAAAGGUGACCCGGCUCAGGGAGCAAAAUCAACCAAUGACACAGAGCUUACAGAGUGGCUGAAGAGGAACACCUCCCAAUCACCUAUGACCAGCAAUGAUCAAAGAGUAACGCAGCAGUCUCCAUCAUGGUUGCCCGUGCUGGAGAAACACGACAUUCCCAUUGUGGUGGGUGUGGGUGUAUCUCUGGCCUUCAUCUUCAUCACUGUUACCUUCUAUGCAGUGGUCCAGAAGAGCGAAUCCGCAACGACAAGCCAAGCAGCUCAGAUGAACGUAGGCGACCCCACACAACACACUGAAGGUCGAGCUGCAGGACGUACCUAUGAAAACAGGGCUUUUGAAGACGAUGACUGUGUGGCAGUGAUUGAGCAGAGCCCAAACACAUCAGACACCCAAGCCCGACCUCCAGGACCAAGCCUGGUCACGGUGCAGAUGGAGCCGACAUUUGAGGAUUUUCAGGAUGCCCCACAACUGGCUUUGGACAAUCACUUAGUCACCGUAGAGACUUAUCCUGAGCCCGUUCUUGACACAAAGAUUGAUGCCGCUCUGGAGGAGGAUAAGGGCUGCAGUUUGUCGCAGCCCAGCAUCCAGCUGCAGUGUGCCGAGGACUGGACCAGUAACAGAGACGACAACCGUUGCAGCCCGUGUCAGGACGCGUUGCCUCCCCCAUCAUCCUUACCCUCUCGAUCACCUUCCCCCUCUCCACCAUCCAGACGUGAGGAGGGUCUGCGCUCCUCCUUAACCCUGCAAAGUGCUGAGGCAUGUAUAGCACCCAUCCACCACAGCCUCAGCAUCUCACAUGGCAACACUCCCAUGCUCCUCUCUCACCACGUGUCCUUGGGCCUCACUACUGUGGCUGUAGAUGUUCAUUUUUACCCAGCAGGCACUGCUUCAACGGCAGUGGGCACUAGCACUCAUAUCAGUUCGGUCUCUAAUACCACUACAGUGGCUGCACCACUGUUCAGUCCCCCGGUCGUUAACCGUCAGGAGAAUGACCAAUCGAAUGCUAGAUUUCAUCAGAGUAAGUAGCUCCAAAGUCCAGGACGUGCACAUAUGAACAGUGCCUCAGACAGUUAUACAAAAUAUCUUAUAAUGUAAACUUUUUUUUUCGAUUAUAUUGACUGAUACGUUUGCACACGGCCACAGAAUUAGAAGUCGGAAAAUAUAUUUUUUACUUAUAAGAGUCUUUAUGUGUAUGGAGGGGAAACAGCUAGCCGGCCUCUGAUAAAGUAAAAAAUACUCCGAGUAACUAAUUUAAAACAUGAUUUAUUUUCUUUGUUGAAUCUGUUCUCUAAUUAAAAUGUAAAGACCAUCAAUUUGUGGUUUCACAAACACACCCACAUAAAAGUUACCGAAAUGUUGGUGUAUUCAUUUAAAAAAAUAAAAAUGAAAUAUUCUGUUUUCGCAUCCUCGCCUUUGUCUACCUGUGUAUUUCAUAGCUUUAGCACAGCACUUUCUGUAUUACUCCCUGUGUUACAAUAAUUAUUAUGUUUCAGCUUGACUGUAGUUCAGGCUACUUAUGAAUUGUGGGCUUGCUUUCUACUCUUUAUGUCACUACUGAAACAGUUAACUGGUGCAUGUUGAAUAUUAUUUCAAUUAUUCGUUUCAUUUCGAAUUCCAUUUCAUUGUGAUGUCAUGGGUGAGUACAAGUACAGUAAAACAUAAAUGUGUUGUACAGUAUUGACUUAUCAUGAACCAGCCAAGGAUACUUUACUUUGUCACAAUUUAUUGCAUUUCUUUUUUCUCCAUGACUUGCUCAUUCACUUAUAUCAAGCUACUUGACUGUUAACACCUUUUUUUUAACCAACGGAGGGUGAGAGGAGCUGUAUUAAUAAACAAUUAGACAUACAA